AUGAGUUACAGUGAUUCCAGAUCCCCAUCAAACAACAGCAGUAGUCAAGAUGCUACAUCGGGGAAAUUGCAAUACACAGAAAGUGACGAUGAAGGGAGUGACGAAUAUUGCAAGGGUGGAUACCACCCUGUGAAAAUUAACGAAAUAUAUAACAACCGCUAUAGAAUAGAAGGGAAGUUAGGAUGGGGCCAUUUCUCAACCGUUUGGGUCGCUACAGACUUAAAAAGUAAACCACUAAAAUUUGUUGCCAUAAAAAUUCAAAAAGGGUCCGAAUCAUUUGGAGAGUCAGCCAAAUGUGAAAUCAAUUAUUUAAAAACGGUUAAGGCAAAUUCUUUUGACUCUUCCUGGGUAGAAAUAAAAGAGCAUCAAAGGGAAAGGCUCUUUCAUUAUAAUAUGACCAAGGGAGUUGUUUCCUUUAUUGAUAGUUUUGAGCAUAAAGGACCAAAUGGUACCCACGUCUGUAUGGUGUUUGAAUUUAUGGGUCCCAAUUUAUUAUCCCUCAUUAAACAUUAUGAUUAUAAAGGGAUCCCAUUAAACUUAGUUCGAAAAAUUGCUACACAUGUCCUAAUAGGGCUACAGUAUUUACACGAUGUUUGUAAAAUUAUACAUAGUGAUAUAAAGCCGGAAAACGUUUUAGUAUCUCCUUUGUUAAAUAUUCCCAGACCAAGGGACUACAGCAAGGAUGAUGAUGCGCAAAAUGGACUUAAUAAAAAGGGAGAGAAGAAAGCAACAGAGGAAGAGAGGGGUAGUGACCAUUCCGACGGUAGCGACCAUGAUGAAGACGGGGAGGAUGACCAAUCAUCAUCCCCCAGCGAGGUGAAAGAUAAAUACGAAUGGGACAAUGUAGAUUUUAACAAAUUAACCAAACAGGAAAAAAAAAAAUUAAAAAGAAAGAAAAAAAAAUUCCUAAAAAAGGAACGAUUAAAAGUGGAAGCGGAGAAGAAAGAGGAGCAAGCCGGUAAUCAGGUGUCAGUAGGAAAUUCAUUCCAAAAUGGAAAUAAUAACCAACAGAGCAACGCUGAAACGCAGGAUGCGAAAAUCACCGUGGGAAAUGGAACACCAAACGAUAACAGCCAUUUUAAGAAGGAAGAUAAUGAACAUUCCAACAGCGCAAUACAGAUGAAUGCUGAGCAUGUGUUAAAGGAUGAAGAACUGAAGAGCGAAAAUCCAAACUUCCCCCUCAGUGGCAUAAAAAGCGGUACCUCCAUCCAGGCUACCGACUCACAGGAAGCACCAACAUGUAAUAGCAAGUGUGCACCCGGAGGUAAUGAUAAAAAUGGUGAACGAAAUAAUGUAAAGAACGAACUAGACCUUGACAGUAACAACACUAGCAACUGUUGCAAUUCGGCCCAGAAGAUGUCAGAUGCAAAUGACCCAGCCUGCACAACGAACACCCAUGCAGAGAAUGAACAGAAAGAAAAUUUACUCAAUAAGGGAGAUCCCAAAUUAAAUAAAAAAAAAACGACUAAUGAACCUCCAUAUGUUAAACAUAGACUUAGACCUUCCAACUCGGAUCCAUCCCUCGUCACCAGUUACAACAACAUACAUGCCCUCCAGGAAUCGUUAAUGAGAAGGCCCUACCAUUAUAAUAAUUAUUUUUUGUAUAAUCCGGAAAAGUACGGAGAUGACAGGUGCUCCCUAUUUUUGCAUCGUUUGCCCAGUGACUACUUAAAGAAGAGCACGUUGGAGGAUAGUGAUCACGAUAAGGACAUGGAGAACGAGCGAAACGACGAACAUGAUGGAGAUCACCAGGAAAAGCAAAGGGAAAGGAGCGAUGCGAGUGAUGGAGUAAAAUCCAUAGAAUUCCUAGGAAAGGAUUUUAACAAAAUCCCCAUCUACUGCGACAUGUUCAAUCACCUAAUGCAUCCAGAAGCUAUGAAAAUACACGACAAAUGUAAAGAGAAAAAAAAAGGAAAGUAUGCAAAACCAUGUAAGGAUGACACACAGGAGAAUAACAAGAAUGGCCAUAAAGUUGUUUACAUCAAAACAGAGGAAGGGGAUUAUCGUAUUAGACCCUACGAUCCAACUGUUUAUUACCAUGAAAAGGCAUGUUACAAAAUCUGCGAUUUAGGAAACAGUCUCUGGGUUGAUGAAUCAAGGUAUGCAGAAAUACAAACCAGGCAAUAUAGAUCGCCAGAGGUAAUUCUAAAAAGUGGUUUUAAUGAAACAGCAGAUAUUUGGUCCUUUGCAUGUAUGAUAUUCGAACUAGUAACUGGAGAUUUCCUAUUUAAUCCGCAAAAAUCAGAUAGAUACGAUAAAAAUGAAGAACACUUAAGUUUUAUGAUCGAAGUGUUGGGGAGUAUUCCAAAAUAUAUGAUAGACACAGGAUUCAAUUCUCAUAAAUAUUUUAAUAAGAAAACAUAUAAACUGAAAAAUAUAAAAAAUAUUAAGAGGUAUGGAUUGUACAAAAUAUUUAAGUACAAGUAUAACAUACCAGAAAAAGAAAUUAAUCCCUUAUGUAGCUUUUUACUUCCUAUGCUUUCCAUGGAUCCUCAGAAGAGACCCUCGGCCUACACUAUGCUCCAGCACCCCUGGCUCAAUAUGGUAGAACUGGAAGAAGAGGAGAUGCAGAUGAAAAAUAGAUCCUACUCUUUCAACAGCAUGAGUGCCCAACACAAUGCCAAUUAUGAGGAUCACCCGUACAGUAAGGAAAAUUAUCACAAGGAAAAUUAUAACAAAGAAAAUUAUAACAGCGCAAAUCAACAUACGGACAGAAGCAUGAAUUCGUCCAACAAGCACAACAACGCGCAGACGAAUUUUAUGGGACAACAGAACGAUGCUCCAAUGGGCCAAUUCGAGGAAGAGUUAUGCAGAAGCGAGGAUGAAGAAGAAGAAGAUGAAGAAGAGGAAGAGGAAUACAAUGAUGAGGACGACGAAGAGGGAGACGAGUCGGAAGAGGAGGUCGAUGAUGAAGAGGAUGACGACGAAGAAGAAGAAAACUACAAUAGCCAACCUGAGUAUGGUUUUCCCUAUAAAAAUAAUCACACCCAUAACGGAAUGGAGAGCAAGGCAACCACACUCAAAUACGACAAUUUGUAUCAAAAAAAAAAAAAGUUAGAGGAAAAAUUGAAAUAUAAACAAAUAAACGAAGGCAGCAUCCCUGAUUCGCCCGUCAACACGGAGGAUUAUAUGCUCCACAAUGAAAACAUACCCCACAUUACGUACAAUAAUGCAAAUAAUAAAAACUUCACGAAAAAUGCGCUACAAUAUCAAAAUUUCCAAAUGAAGAAUUUUCAGAAAAUUAGUAGUCUUGGAAUCAACGAUCAAGUGGUGAAUUCAGAAGAGGAUGGAGAUUAUCAGUACUACUAUGAUCACCCAGGGAAAUACAAAUACGACGAGGGGGAUGAAGAGGAAGAGAUUUCUAUGGAAGAUGUGGAGGACGAAGAUGAACAAAAUGAUGAUGAGGAUGGCGAAACAGAUGAAGCAACGGAUGAUAUAACGGAUGGCGUAACGGAUGAAGAAGAAGAAGAAGAAGAACACCGCGAAGACGGAUAUCAUCCCCAGAAUGAAAAUCCAAUCAAAAGGCACAGUAACAAUCACAAGAGGGUUGACAAUAGUAACUACCAAAAUGAAAGCGAUGAAAAUAAUUUCUGCAAUGAAGAAAGCGAAGUAUAUUAUGAAGGGGGAGAGGAAUACUCUGCGCACCUUACUGCAAAAAGACAAUCAAAGAAAAUUCCAUUUGAAGAGCAGGCAGGGCAAAGAGAUGUAUUAAUCCCCGUUAAACCAAGGGACUUCCUCAAAGUUCCUAUCCCUAAUGAGAAGGCAAAAUUAAGAGAUCAACUAUCCACAUCCAGUAGCCCCGAUUUGAAUGACAAUGCAGAAAAGGCAUCAACCGAAAUAGAGCAGAAUAGCACUUCAUCCAAAAAUUUCACCAGCGUCGUGAUGAGUUGUAAUAGUAUCAGCCAAAAUGUUGACAAAUUUGAAAAGAUCGAUCAAGAGGAAAAACAACUAUUCCAAGGGAAUGCACCGGGAACAGAGCGAGAUAAUGAAAGUCAAAUGGUUCAUGAUAAGCAGGAUGAGGAGAAGACCAAUAAAAUAAAUUGUAAAGUUAUCAACAAAAAGCCAUUUUGUGCCUUUUCCUAA